CAUACUGUAACGAGCCACGGGUGGGUGGAUCCCUGCCCACGUGGUUGGGGAGGGGACAACUGGAUGUCUAUAACACGUCCUUCCUCUUCCUCUCAGUCAGCCUCAAUGAUCCUAGCUCCUCUAGUAUCUUUGGUCAGCCUGCGAGCAAACCCCGUGUGAACCAAAUAUCCUAUUGCUAUAGGAUCGUUGGUGUGAACAUUGGUGUGCGGCUGUGAAGGAUUUCAUGCCGCUGCUCCAUCUUCCUCGCCUCCAGCGUCUGAUGACAGAGGGCAGGUUCUGCGGAGAACGUAUUUUGCAAGACGGUUCGGUAAAGCUGGCGAUAUCAGCAUUGGAACAUGGCAGAGGAGGAGCUGAUCUUUGAGAUUGAAGGUGUUGACGAUGGGCGUGAAAACUCAGCAGAUGACAGCGAUGAUGAAGAGCAGUACCUUAUCUGUCCCAUUACGGACUAUGACGACCACAAUAAGACAAACCAGAUUUGCAAUCGUAAUUACUUAAAGGGCAAAUUUUGUGAAACUUCCAGCUCCCCUGUAAGGUCGUUCAACGUUAAGGAUGUGGGAGGAAACCAGAGCACCCAGAGGAAGCCCACGCGGUCAUUGGGAGAAUGUGCAAACUCCACGCAGACGAUGAAUAAGAUGAAGAUGAAUCAGUUUAUUGACCAAGAUGCCUGGAAACAUGCAUUGGAAAAGGCCAAGCACAUGCCUGAUCCUUGGGCAGAGUUCCACCUGGAAGAGAUUGAAACCGAGACGGCAACUCGUUACAGGUACAAUGCCAUUUCAGGCAAAUGGGUGGAAGAUGAGGUACUCAUAAAAAUGGCUAAACAGCCCUUUGGCCGCGGUGCCAUGCGGGAAUGCUACAGAACGAAGAAACUUUCCAACUUUGCACGUCAUCAGCAGUGGAAAUCGGCCUCCAAUUACGUCGCAAAGCGCUACAUCGACUCGGUGGAACGAGAGGUGUACUUUGAGGAUGUGCGGCUUCAAAUGGAUGCCAAGCUGUGGGGAGAGGAGUACAACAGACACAAGCCUCCGAAGCAGGUUGACAUCAUGCAGAUGUGUAUUUUGGAGAUGAAGAACAGGCCAGGGCAGCCUCUGUACCACCUGGAGCACUACAUAGAGGGUAAAUACAUCAAAUACAACUCCAACUCUGGCUUCGUGAGGGAUGAAAACUUCCGCCUCACUCCACAGGCGUUCAGUCACUUCACCUUUGAGCGUUCUGCCCACCAGCUGAUUGUGGUCGACAUCCAGGGAGUGGGUGACCUGUACACCGACCCUCAGAUCCACACCUCCAGUGGCACAGACUUUGGCGAUGGCAACUUGGGUGUGCGCGGCAUGGCUUUGUUUUUCCACUCUCAUGCCUGCAACAGCAUUUGUCAGAAGAUGGGGCUCACUCCGUUUGAUCUGUCGGAGAAGGAAGUGGCAGCGUUGGAACAUGCACAGAAUCUGCUGAAAACGGCCAAGACGGUGCUUCGCGGCACGGAGGAGGUGUGUGGCAGCCCCAGGGUGAGGACACUCUCUGGAUCCAGGCCCCCUGCUCUCUGCCGUCUCUCCGAGAACUCUGCGGAUGAAAACGUGAACGACAGCAUGUUUGACUCCCUCCCCUGCUCGCCCUCCUCCUGGUGGAGUCUCAAGGAAGAGAUGCUGGGCCGAUCUCCCAUGGGGUGGACAAUAUUCAACGAAGUCGAUAACCUGUGCAGUGAACACAGUUGCUCAUUUGGUGAGAGACGGAUGUCUGAAUCGGGAGGGGAUAGCGGAUGUCCCAGUGAGCGUCGGAGCGAACUCGAUGGGGAGUUUACAGACCGGGCAAAUUCAAAUGGGCGAAGAUAUUGUGAAUCGGAUGAAGACAGCAUCCGCCGGGGAAGUGCAAAGCCCAGUGUGUGCCAGCCCUUAAACAUCCUCAGACACAGUCAUGGGAAUCGGCUGGAUCAACACAAUGAGGACAAGUGGAACAAUUACCAUGCCUCCAGAGCUCACUCCCACUGGCCGUCCUGUGUGGCCGUGGAGGUACAGCGGCUUAACGCCAUCAAGCAGGAGAAGAAAAUUGGCAAGUCCAUCCUGGGCAAGGUUCACCUGGCCAUGGUCCGCUACCACGAGGCCGGACGGUUCUGCAAUAAGCUGGAGGAGUGGGAUCAAGAGUCUGCCAUCUUCCACCUCGAACACGCCGCGCUGUGCGGGGAACUGGAGGCCAUCGUGGCCCUGAGUCUCGUCUACCUGCAGCUCCCUCAUCACAUCCUGACCGACUUCACUGUGGAGGACAGCGAGCAGCAUCGCAGGACUGGCUUUGACUACGUGCUGAUGGCUGCCGAGGCCGGGGACCGACCGUCCAUGAUUCGUGCAGCUCGAGCCUUCGACACCGGCGACAGCCUCGGCCCCGACAGAGCACAGGACUGGAAGAAAGCUCUGCAUUGGUAUAGCGCCGCGCUGAACAUGACGGACUAUGAUGAAGGAGGGGAGUUUGACGGCACGGGGGAUGAGCCCAAGUGCUCCCUCCUCGCUCGCCAGGCCGAGAUUCACAUGGUGGGAGGAUUUGGUGCGGAGCCAGACCCACAGGCAGCAGGCGAUCUCUUCACAGAAGCAGCGGAGGCAGCCAUGGCCAGCAUGAAGGGCAAGCUGGCUAACCAGUAUUACCAACGGGCAGAGGAGGCGUGGGCGCUGAUGGAGGAGUGAGGCCCGGCUGUGCCGCAGACGGCAGACGGGGUCGUCGCUGGACAGUGCCGGCCUUCCCCACCUCCCUGACAGCUCCUCUGGAUUUCCUCCCCAAUCCUCAUCGUGUGAAGAAUGAUGCCGUGGGCUUGUGUUAAUGAGCUGGGGGUACAUUACCCCUGGCACCGUGCCCAGUUUAACAGCACUUUUUAUGUAUAUAUUUCAUGUUUUAAUAUUAGGGGCCAUUGCAGGGACGGACGUCUCAUUACUGAGCGGGCACGUUUCUGUCUUUUCUGCGGCCGUGUGUUUUAAGAAAAGCAGCGACAUGCUCUUCUGCUGUGUUGUCUUUUUAAUCUCAAUGCAGCUACGUAUCUCGAUGUGCAUAUCUUGUGCAUAAACUUGUGUUUAUUGUUUACAGAUAGUUGGGUGGGGGAAGAAUGCACGAGACUCAAAUGUUGAAGGGCCAGUUGUUGGUGAAACAUAGCUCAACAUUGGAGAUUGGCAUCAAAUUAGUUUACAGCCGUUCCCAGCGAUACAUGAAUGUAGAGGAAAGGAGCUGCCUGGCUGAUACAGAGUCCCACUGCCCACUGCCUCCACCCGAGGUCUGUUCCGUCCUUGUGAAUCUUGCACCUUAUAUAUAUUUAUGCUUCCUGAAAGCACUGGAGCUGAUGUAUGAUUGUAAGGUGCCACAACUUUAAUGCAUGUUGCAGUUUGUGGCAGAAGUGGGUGGUGUUGAUGGUUUAGCACUAUAGAGGCAGGAAUGUUGCUCAGGUAAUGGGUGAAGGAAUAAAUAAGCCACAGACUCUUCGAUGUCUCUAAGGCUGUGACUUCAGUCAGACAAUUGACCGGAACAGCUCCACCAUGUACCCUCGCGCCCAUGACUCAAAGGCUUCAGGCAACUUUUACCGAUCCCAGUGCUAAUGAAGGUACAAGAGACUGCAGGUGCUGGAAUCUUAAGUUUUAAAAAAACCAAGAGGGUUAGACAGUGUCUGGGGAGGGUUUGGACUUUUUCAUGGUGUCAUACAACAUGAAACAGGCCCUUCAGACCAUCACAGGUGCCCCAUCUAAACGAGUCCAAUAUGCCUGCGUUUGGCCCAAGUCCAUCUAAACCUUUCCUAUCCAUGUACUUGUCCAAGUAUCUUUUAAAUGUUGUGAUAGUACCUGCCUCAACUACUUCCUCUGGCAGCUGGUUCCAUUUCCACAUCAUCCUCCGUGGAAAAGGUUGCCCCUCAUUCCUUUAUACGCCUCUAUAAGAUCACCCCUUACCCUCCUUUGCAAAGAAUAAAGUCUUAUCCUUCGCAACCUCUCUCUUGGCUCAAGCUCUUCUGGUAACAUUCUCAUAAAUCUGUUCUGUACUCUUUCUAACUUAAUGGCAUCUUUCCUUUUAAAUCUGAACACAAUACUCCAAGUGUAGCCUCGCCAAAGUCCUGUACAACUGUAACAUGGCACCCCAACUUCUAUGCUCAGUUCCCUGAUUGAAGGUGGCCACCUUGCCAAACGCCACCUUGAGCCACCUUGAGCUUGUCUGUCUGCAAUGCUUCCUGGUCUGCUGAGUUCCUCCAGCACUUUGCCCAGUGUUGAUGUGGUGGGCUGUGCUCCAUAUUCUUCUUUCAGCUGCAUUUAGGAGCCUGUGUCAAUAAGGAUGAACCGUGCUCUCUUGCACAAAUAAGCCCAAGCCAUUGUUAUGUCAACUGAUAAACUCCAAUUGCUUUGUGCAAACGCAGCAUAGUCAUCAUCAUCAUGUAAUCCUGUGUAUAUCCAAGUACUGUGCAGUGUACGAGGAAAAAUACCAAACCCAAGGAAAGCUAGUAGUCUAGAACACUGUCAAUCUGGGAACGGGCGCUGCCUUGGCCUGAUGUUACACACAAUUAAUUGAAAUUCACUAAUUGAAGAGGAGAAUUCUGCAAUUAUAGAUGUGAAAUCAAAAAUCUUAAUUGCUGCAAGUAUGUAGUAGAGCAGGGAGUCUGGAGAGAGAAACAAGUUCACUGAUUGACAACCAAGUUGCAAAAUAAAUUAGAAAAUGCUGCGAGAAGCAGCGAAGAUGGUAAGGGGUAUGUUAAUGUUUUAGGUUGGUAACUUUUGAUCUGUCAUAAAUUCAUUCUGUCCCUUUAGUAAAUUCCAUCUUGAUCUGAAGUUGAUACCAGUCUGAGUUGUACAACGGAGGCAAGUGUCCUUUUGCAAAUUGGCAGGCACUUGUUCCUAAGAGGUUUACACAUUUUUUCUGUGUUAUGUCAUUAUGCUUGGCAAGAAUAAACUUUUUAUUGUUUUGAA